AAGUUGACAAUUCGUCUGAUCUAGUUAAUUGUCUGGUAGUAUUUCGGUGUAUAUAGUACAAGCCGUAUGAUUUAGUUUGUCCUAUUGCUAUAGCUAGUUAAGAGUGAUACUAAGUUUAAAGCUCAACAACAUACAAUGUACAAGAUAAUUCCCUGUUUUCUGUUAAUAUGGACUGCUGUAGUUAAAACCGAGCCGCCAGCGUACUUGCCCCCAAAUGGUAACGGUAACGGUUACAAUGGAGGUCCACCCGUAUACGGUUCACCCCUUCUAAAUGGAAAUGGAAUGGCAGGAAAUGGUAAUGGAAAUGGCAAUGGUAAUGGUAACGGUAAUGGCAAUGGCUACCACGUAAACGGGGAUCAGAGACCAGGAACUAGCUACCUACCCCCCGGAAACGGAAAUGGAAAUGGAAACGGAAUACCAAACGGGGUUUACGGUGCCCCUAAUGGAAAUGGUAAUGGCAAUGGUAAUGGUAACGGCAACGGCAACGGCAACGGAAACGGAAAUGGAAUAACUGCAGUCGUUUACGGACCUCCAAGGAACGGUAACGGAAAUGGCAACGGAAGAAACGGAAACGGAAAUGGUCGCCCUCCGGUUGCUUACGGACCCCCUAGAAACGGUAACGGUAACGGCAGACCCAGUUCAACCUACGGUGUGCCAAAGAACGGCAACGGUAACGGCAACGGAAAUGGAGUUUACCUGCCACCCAACGGCAAUGGCAACGGCAACGGUAAUGGAAAUGGUAACGGAAACGGCCUUUACCUCCCACCCAACGGCAACGGUAACGGCAACGGCAAUGGCAAACCAGUAUACGGACCCCCCGCCAACGGUAACGGCAAUGGAAACGGCAACGGUUACGUCAACGGUGGUUACGGUGGCAAUGGAAACGGCAACGGCAACGGGGAAGAAGAAGGUCCGGCUCAAUACGAAUUUGAAUACCAAGUCAGCGAUCCGGCAUCCGGUAAUGAAUUCGGUCACAAGGAGCAAAGGGACGGAGAUUAUACUUCGGGAGAAUAUAACGUACUCCUGCCCGAUGGCAGAACUCAAAUUGUAACGUACGAAGUAGUGGGAGAUGAGGGAUACAAGCCUGAAGUUAGAUACGAAGGCGAAGCUAAUGGAAAUGGAAAUGGCAAUGGCAAUGGCAACGGCAACGGAUAUCCUGCGGCCAACGGAAACGGAUACAGUUAUAAUGGCAACGGUAAUGGAAACGGAUACAGUAACGGCAACGGUAAUGGUAACGGUAACGGCUACAGUAACGGCAACGGUAAUGGUAACGGUAACGGCUACAGCAACGGCAACGGUAAUGGGAGUAACGGCAACGGUAAUGGGAGUAACGGCAACGGUGGACCGUAUUAAUUGCGACUUGCUUUCGGACACUGUCAGACGAUAUAUCAAGGGUUUUGAUAUUUGUCUGCUCAUUAAGGCCUGACAAGAUUGCGGGAUGCAUUUUAAUAUAUUCUUAGGAAAACUGUUCCAAGCUAGUCUCAGUGUAGUAUUUAUCGAAGUAAUUUUAGCGUUUCAAAAUAUAUGUUUAAGAGCUGAGCUCAUAUAACGUUAUGAUGUGAUACGUUUUUUUUAGUUUAUUUUACCUAGGAUGAGUUAGAGUACAAAAUUGCGUUCUCCAUUGAUAUCGACAUUUUGUCAGUUUUUAAAUGAGUAUGUGACGAAUUGACCCGCCGCUCACAUAUUGUAUGCUAUGUAUAUACCGAGCUUUAUAAGUAAAAUGUAUUCUAUGAUUAGUUAAUAAUUAUUGAGAUGUUGACUGACGACGACUGCCACGUUAAAAGGAACUGAUGAUUGGACUGCCGACAGUGCUAUAUUUGUAGCACCGCUGUAUAUAAAUGUACCUACCGUAUUUAUUCAAUAAAAAAAAUUU